CAGUUCGUCAGGUGCUGAUAGCUGCAGUGCCUGACUCCUCUUCCCCGUCCUGCGCCGACGCCUCUCUUGUCGGUCUUCCGUGUGGCCCAAACCCUAACCGGGAAAGCGGCGGGGCGCCGCUAGUCCGGGCCCCUUAGCGCCCUUGUCGGCGCGCAGAGCUUGAAACCGGAAGAGAAGGAUGGAGGCGGAGGUCGUGCUAGCCCCGACGCUGCCGUUCAAGAAGGUGCAGACGGCGGACAAGUACCCCAAGGGCCAGUCCCGCGGCCGCCAGUGGAAGCACCUCCGCCACCUCCUCCAGGCCGCCGACGCCUCCUCCAUGCCCCCCGACCGCCCCAACUAUUUGAAUAUUCAGUCACCCCCGUCCAUUUAUCCACCAAAGAGAUACUGUGAUAUAACAGGUUUUGAGGCACCAUAUGUGGAUCCGAGGACAAAGCUGCGUUACGCCGAUCCAGAGGUGUUCAAGCAGAUCAGAAUGCUUCCUGAUGAGUAUGUCCAAAGGUAUCUGGCAUUGAGAAACGCAGCGGUUAUACUGAGAUAACAAUACCCACCGGGCAAGAUAUGUGGUGAAGCCAAGUGCAGCGGUUAUAUUGAGAAACACAGCGGUUAUAAAAAAAUUAUUGUAAUGGUGUUGUUCCCCUAACUGUGUUGCACGCUCACAUGAAUAUUCUGGCUGUUACGGUUUUCGCUUCUGAACCCUGAUCUUUGAGAGAAAUGUUUGCCCCCCUCUUGUAUAUUCAUGGUUGUACCCAUGUGGUUAAGACUGUUAGAGACGUUCUGUUUGUAUUUUAUAUACUGACGUUUGAGAACUGAUGUUUAAAUAAAUGUUCUUGUCUGCUGUAGGCGUUUUUUUU